UCUAUAGAAUCGACUUUUAUUAUUGGUGUAUUUUACGAGUUUAAUGAAUGUGCCAUGCCGUUUGUGGAGUUCGUCGCAGGCUGGAUUUCAGGUGCUGUUGGUUUAGUUGUUGGCCACCCUUUGGACACCGUAAAGGUACGCUUGCAGACCCAGGCUGUGUAUAGAGGGGUAUUUGAUUGUGUGGCCAAAACAUACAAACAUGAAGGAUUUCAUGGAUUUUUUAAAGGCAUGUCAUUUCCUGUCGUCUCUGUUGCCAUUAGCAACGCUGUGGCUUUUGGUUCAUACACUAAUGCACUGGAUUACCUUACUCGGUCAAGUCACAACAAUUCUGACCAAAGCAAGCAGUCGUCACUCACUACUGUGUUCAUGGCCGGGUGUUUUUCAGGGUUAGCACAGUUGUUUUUUUCAGCGCCAAUAGACCUGGUUAAAGUGCGCCUGCAGAACCAGACGAAGUCAGGUGGGAAUAAGUACAGAGGCCCCAUACAUUGUAUUACUGUGAUUUUAAGAGAGGACGGGGUGAAAGGCCUUUUCAGAGGAAUAUGGGCUCUUGCCCUGCGGGACGUGCCUUGUUUUGGACUUUACUUCCUGCCAUAUGAGCUGAUCUGCAGGAUGCUGACUGAGAAAGGGAAGCAGCCAGGUAACACUGCUGUCCUGUUGGCCGGUGGUGUUGCUGGCGUGGUCACAUGGGCCUGUGCCACCCCCAUGGAUGUGGUGAAGGCUCGACUGCAGAUGUGUGGCGUUGGUGGUCGCAUGUACAGUGGUGUGCUGAACUGCAUUACUGUGAGUGUGCGUGAGGAGGGCAUGCGGGUCUUCUUCAAAGGCCUUCUUCUGAACAGCGUGAGAGCAUUCCCUGUGAACGCUGUGACAUUCCUUAGCUUUGAGAUGCUGCUGAGAGCCAUGACCGAAUUGCCUCAGGACUGAGGGACGCUGCAGGAUGAUGGAUUUUUGUAGGCCAAAACCAAGAAACAAGUUCGCAAAUUAGCAUUUCCAUCAGUUCCAUCAUUCUUUUAAUGGAGCAUUGGUUAAAUGGCUGAAAUAAGGUCGAUGGUCAACACAAGCUCAAUAUAUCUUAAAGGGUUAGUUCACCCAAAAAAGAAAAUUAGCCCAUU